CAAAAACACGCGAGCGGUGGGGGCUACCGCCGCCCCGUGUUGCUGGCCCAGUUCCCGUUGAGGCCAUCAUGUGCUACUCGGUGCCCGAGCCAGCGUCGGUACGCUGCAGAGCUGCGGCGCCUCAGCCGAACCCUCAGCGGAAGCGUCACACGAGCCAUAUCUCGAACCUCCUGCGGAGGGCACUUGAAAAUGUGGGAGGACCGACUGCCGUGGACACAGCCGUCGUUGCGUCUCUUGCGCUCAAAAUCGAGCGCCUCUUGCAUCGCUGCUGCCACGACGCGGACGUUGCUGCAGAGUGGCCCCUCGAAGUGCUCGAGAUGAAGAUGCGGCAGCUCAUCGUUUCCAUUUUGCGGGCAAAAACCACGGCGUCCCUUGCCCCGAACAACUACACGCUGGACACCGUGCCAUCCCGUUGACACGAUCGAGAGCGCGUGCAUUUUUUCCUCAUGGUAGAGUUGACGUCGAUUGAGCGGUCAUGUCGCGUCGCUCUUGUUUAGCCGCAUCCUUGAUGCAAGAGGCCGGUCUUGUCGACCCUGCUGUCGUAGAUCGUCUCCAAGAUGAAUAGCCAUCAUCUUGCCAUUGCAUA